GAUUGGACAGUCCCACAUCCAACGUCACUCAGUUUUGAGGUCCGGUAAGUAUAGGGGAGUAAGGUCGCACACGGCCAUUCAAACAAACUAUUUGGCUACAUCAUGCCGAUCGUCUUUUGGAAAACCAUUGUUGUUCAUUUCACCAUCUUAACUGGCGUUUGCUGCUGUUUUCGUAACGAUGUGAAUCAUGGGUGGAAUCCAAACAUACCAGCGAUCGCCAAAUACUUCAGCACGAAAGGGAGGUACGAGGAAGUAAACCCGUAUCUCAUAGAGGACAUACUUGCUGUAAACAGAUCUAUUUUACAGCCACCAUCUGCACAAUGUCGCGAAAUUCAUGCGACCGCCAUAAUAAGACACGGUACGAGGUACCCGACGAGCAAAAAUGUCAAGAAGAUGCAGAAGCUGUACGAGCUGGUCAAGAGCAGAGCCUCGGGCCAAGAGAGCUGGCUGCGUGAAAUCCAGACUCAGUGGACGAUGUGGUACACUGAGGACAUGGACGGCCGACUCGUCCAGAAAGGUGUGAACGAUCACAAGCAUCUGGCCGUCAGGCUGUCAAAGCUGUUCCCCUCACUGAUUUCAGAGGAGAAGCUCAGAGGUGGAUUCAUCAAAUUCAUUACCAGCUCCAAGCACAGGUGUGUCAACAGCACACUGUCCUUCAAGGCAGGACUGACAGAGCUGUGGGCUAUUACAGAUAAGGAGUUUGACCAUGCAGUGAAUGACGCUCUCAUGAGGUUUUUUGACCAGUGCACCAGGUUUGUCCAGGAAGUUGACAACAACCCCUCAGCUCUGUCAGAGGUGGACAAGUUCAAGCAGGGACCAGAGAUGAAGAGGGUCACGGAGAAGAUUGCAGACCGCCUUAGAGUCCCCUACAAUAACAUCACAGAUGAUAUGGCCGAAGCUGCAUUUUAUUUGUGCGCUUAUGAGUUUGCCAUCAAGACUGUGAACUCCCCUUGGUGUCGGCUUUUUGAUGUGGUCGAUGCACAGGUUAUGGAGUAUGCAAAUGACCUGAAACAAUUCUGGAAAAGAGCCUAUGGUUAUGAUAUUAACAGCAAGUCAAGCUGCAUUCUCUUCCAUGACUUGUUUAGUCGACUGAACAAAGCAGCCAGCGAGAACAAGUCAGGCCAGAAGGUGACUGAAGCGGUGACAGUCCAGGUCGGCCAUGCAGAGACCCUCCUGCCACUGCUCACCCUCCUGGGCUUCUUCAAGGACAGUGAUGCCUUGACUUCCACCAACUACGACACACAAACCCAACGCUCCUUCCGCACCAGCUACAUGUUACCCUAUGCAGCUAACUUGAUCCUGGUGCUAUACGACUGUGGGGGAGGCGACCUGAGGCUGCAGCCACUGCUCAACGAGAAGCCUGUGACUUUCCCAGGUUUGACUGACCAGCAGACUUCCAUGCCGCUCUAUCAAGACGUCAAAGAUCACUACAGGGAGCUGCUCCAAGGCUGUGACUUUGAGACUGAGUGUCAGCUGUUUAAGAGUCCUGCUUCAAUUUAGGCAGACAGGGGAGAUUCUGGAAAAUAGGGCAUGACAGUGUCUUCAUUGUGUUUUAUUUGCAGAAUGGAGUUAACACUAUGGUCCUAAUAGGAGCAUCUUAGUUUAAAUGCUUCUCUGAUGUAAACCAUGAACAAAUCAAUGUUUGGCCUGGCCUUUAAUCGGAUUGAAGCAACUAGGAAGAUUUUGUACUCCCUUUGUCUUAUGGCUGAGAAGAGGCAUAUGGUGUUUCUAAAACUGAUCCCAGCCUUGCAAUUUAAUUUCAAGUUCACUACUGCUACAUUGCUUAUUUUUGCAAGGCAUCUUUCCAUGAAUUAAAUGAUUUAUUUUUGCAU